GUUCACUCAGUCUCCACUUGACCGUCAAUGUCAUAUAACGUAAUUGUGAUAGUAAUAGUAAAAUGAUAGGUAUGUUUCCAUCAUACAUUUUCUACUAUUUUCUACUUAUUGCACCGGCACUGGCGUUUAUACAGCCAAAUAUAUUGUGGCUGGAUGAAAAUGAAGUUUGUAAAAAAGACGGUGUAGGUCAAGUUCAUACUUGCAAACCUUUGGAUAAAUGUGAAACGGCGAUACAGGAUAUCAAAGAAAACGUUGCUUAUCCAACUAUUUGCAGUAUUCGUGGAAAAAUGCCAAUUGUGUGUUGUUCACCAGUAACAAUCAGUAAAUCUAAAGACAAAAUUUUAAAAACCACUACUAACGAUUUAAAGAACACAUUCGACAUUCCUCCUGAAAUUUUAUUGCAUUUUACAAAACAUCGAAAUGGUGUAUUACAAGAUAAUUUAAUAAAAUUUACUCGUCCUCGUAGACUGUAAUCGAUAAUAACUUAAUACAACAUCCACCAGAAUUUACUGCAAAGAUCAGGAGAGAGUGACUAAAAAGAUAAGAGACGAAAGAAAAAUUUCUUUAAAAAUAUAAUGUAUUUUCGUUCGAAGACGUCUUUUCAGAAUUGGGUGGCUGUUUUGUGUACAUGAUGAAAAUGUGCUACCAUUGCUCUGUAGGGGACAACUAAUGGAUCAAGACUAAUAAUUUUAUGUUAGAGUUUAGGUAAUAAUUAGUUUGUUAUUAAUUUAAAACAGACGUACAUAAAAUAUAAAACGUAUAUCUAUAAGAAUAUGAAUUAUAUAAAUCUUUAUUUUUAUUAUUGUAUCAUAUUUAUUCACACGUUUUAGUUGUGUAUGUUGUUAUGGAGAACAUAUGUUUAACGAUUGUAGUCAAAUAAAAUGUAGUUGAAUAUACCA